AGGACUUUGACAUACUUAACACAGGGGAAAAGAUCUCUCAGCUUGGAUUUCAAGCCUGGCUCUGGAACUUACUGAGACUUACUGGAAACUGCAUUAUUCAGAGAGAACCCAGGGGACUGAAGAAAAAGGAGUUUGAGGCCAAGCUGAGAGUAUCCUGAGUCAGAUAACAAGGAGAGAGACAUUUCAGCAAAUUAUAGACAUGAAUCAUCAAGAAAGACUCCAAGACAGACAACAAGCAGAGCCAGAUGACAAAAGCCAGAAGCAGGGGGCAGAGCCAGAACUGGCCUCUGAAUCCUCAGAACUGAGAAUUCUCCUCUUGGGGAAACAUGGUGCAGGCAAGAGUGCAACAGGAAGCAGCAUCCUGGGGAAGCAAGUUUUUGAGUCCAAAUUCAGUGAGCUUCCAGUGACCAAAACUUGCAAGAAAGAAAGUGGAACUGUGGGAAAGAGGGAGGUUGUGGUCAUUGAUACUCCGGAUAUUUUCUCUCCAACGAUCUCUGCUGGAGAGAGGGAACAAGAGAUCAAGAACUGCAUCACCCUCUGUUCCCCUGGCCCCCACAUUCUGCUCUUGGUGACCCCUCUUGGCCAUCACACAGUGGAAGAUGAAGAGAUAGUGAAGGGCAUUCAGGAGACCUUUGGAGCUGAAGCCAUGAGGCAAAUGAUACUUCUCUUCACAAGAAAAGAAGAUCUGGAAGAUGAGUUGCUUACAGAGUAUGUUGAAAAAUCUGAUAAUGAGUACCUCAAGGAGUUGGUUCAGAACUGUGAGGGUCGGUACUGUGCUUUCAAUAACAGAGUAAUUGGGGAAGAACAAGAUACUCAGGUUCAGGGUCUCCUUGAACAGAUUGAAUUGUUGAUGAAGAAGAAAGGUGGCCAGUGCUAUGCUGAAUUUAAUGUGAGUGGAGAAAGGCAAGAAAAUACUAUGGACUCCAAAGCAGACAUAUUAUCAAACCCACCAGAUAUCCUAGAAAGGAAGAACUGCAUGAUUGGAGUCAAAACUCAUCAAAAGGAACCUAGUCUACCUGAGCCAGAUGACAAAAGCCAGAAGCAGGGGGCAGAGCCAGAACUGGCCUCUGAAUCCUCAGAACUGAGAAUUCUCCUCUUAGGGAAACGUGGUGCAGGCAAGAGUGCAACAGGAAGCAGCAUCCUGGGGAAGCAAGUUUUUGAGUCCAAAUUCAGUGAGCUUCCAGUGACCAAAACUUGCAAGAAAGAAAGUGGAACUGUGGGAAAGAGGGAGGUUGUGGUCAUUGAUACUCCGGAUAUUUUCUCUGCAACGAUCUCUGCUGGAGAGAGGGAACAAGAGAUCAAGAACUGCAUCACCCUCUGUUCCCCUGGCCCCCACAUUCUGCUCUUGGUGACCCCUCUUGGCCAUCACACAGUGGAAGAUGAAGAGAUAGUGAAGGGCAUUCAGGAGACCUUUAGAGCUGAAGCCAAAAGGCACAUGUUACUUCUCUUCACAAGAAAAGAAGAUCUGGAAGAUGAGUUGCUUACAGAGUAUGUUGAAAAAUCUGACAAUGAGUACCUCAAGGAGUUGGUUCAGAACUGUGAGGGUCGGUACUAUGCUUUCAACAACAGAGUAGUUGGGGAAGAACAAAAUACUCAGGUUCAGGGUCUCCUUGAACAGAUUGAAUUGUUGAUGAAGAAGAAAGGUGGCCAGUGCUAUGCUGAAUUUAAUGUGAGUGGAGAAAGGCAAGAAAAUACUAUAGAUUCUGAGGCAGAUAUUGCCAAACCUACCAGACAUCUUAGAAAAAAGGCAGAUGUGCUGAGCCUCAUCCUUGUAGGGAAAAGUGGGACUGGAAAGAGCUCAACUGGGAACACCAUUAUUGGGGAGCACAGUUUUACAGCCAAACUCGCAGGAAAAUCAAUCACUCAGACCUGUCAGAACAAUGCCAGGGUCUGGAAAGAGAAGACUAUUAUAGUUGUCGAUACUCCAUCCUUUGACCUUACCCUGGCUAGUAAAGAUCUUCUUUCUGAACAAGAGGACGAAGUCUUUCGGAGCCUUUGCCUGUCUCUAGGAGCCAAAGUUUUCAUUUUGGUGAUUCAGCUGGGCCGGUUCACCCAAGAAGAUGAGAAUGGCAUUAGGGAACUAAAAACCAUAUUUGGAAAAGAGAUCACUAAGUACAUGAUUGUGGUCUUCACCAGGAAAGAAGAUCUGGGUGCUGGGACAUUGAAGGAUUACAUCAAGACUUCAGAUAAUCAGACUCUUAAGAAGCUAAUUAAAGAGUGUGGAGGAAGAUGUUUUGCUUUUAACAACAAAGAAAGUGGUAUAGACCAAGAAAAGCAGGUUAAUGAGCUUUUGGAAAUGGUGGAUAAACUGGUCCAGAGUCAUGGAGGCCAAGGCUAUCCUGCCAGUGAUGAAGAGAUUUAUGCCAGAAGGAUUAAAGAUUUCAAGAAGAAAAAUUUGUUCAGGUCAAAAGAGAAAUUCACAAACAAGAAAGAUUUCCUUUUUUCCACUGUGCCUGAUGACCCACAAAAAUAAGGAGUGCCUCAGGACACAUGGUGAGAGUAUUCUUGGGGACAAUCAGAUACAGAUUGUAAAUAGAGAGUAAGAAAUUGAAGCAAGUUUUAGGAAGCCGGCUAAGGGUCAAAACAAGGUUACGAGUUGCAGUCAGGUAGGUAACUUGGAAAGAGUCUGGACAUGAAUGAAGUUACAAGUGGCAAGGCAUUUGAAACGAACUCAAGUAGCAGAGAGUCAACCAAGGAGGGAGCAAUACAAAGUCCAGGGGGACAAUCAAGAAGGGAGAGAUAUACAGGUGUUUUCCGGGCAAGGGAAAGUGAGCAGAGGGACAGAUCUGUGGCAAAGGUAAUGAAGAAACACUUUGAUUAUAGAGGCUGAUUUUUCUUCUUUAAGUUGAGAAUUAUUCUAUGGGGGUUAGAAAUCAUCACAAUAUGGCUGGCUUCGACCAAGCAGAUCAUGGGGAACACUUAGUAAAUGUGGCAAGUGUGUGGACAGAGAGGAGUACCACCUUCUGGAAGGAAGAUUUUAAAUAGAUUUUUUGAUCCCUCUUUUGUGUUGGGCUAUGACCUAUAUUAGCAUAACCUGUGACUCCAAGUCCAUUUGCAUAAGAAUCUUCUCUUUGGUGGAGACUGAUUACUUAAUGCUCCAUACCUGCAUGAAGGAUAGAGUUGGUGAGGGAGAAUGUGUCUUCUGGCUUCCAGUUUCAAGGAAAGAAGACAUGGAAUUCCAGCCUCUUUUUAGGUCUCUGAAGGGAGAAAAGGACUGGGAAGAAGCUGACAUGUAACUUGGCAACGUCUAUCAUGUACAUGUCCCCAGUUUGCUGCACUAGAAACUUUGAGGAGUUUCUCAUUGGGUUAGAUCUGAGACUUUCUCUGUCUCUGUGUCUUGGUCUGUCUCUGUCUCUGUCUCUGCUGUUAAAUGAUACCAACAAAGAGCUUAAGAUGC